AUGGCACCCAAGCGUUCAAACCAACCCGGCGCCAUCAGCCAAAUGUACACCAGCCUCGCCUCGCCCGACAACCGCUCUGUCGUCACCGCUGUCGCCUUUUUCGCCAAGGAGGAACACAAACUGCAGAAAGGAAAUGGAUCCCUGCGCGAUGCUCGUGGAGAGACUGGGAUCCUGUGGUUGAUGUUGAGCAAGCAAGACUAA